UAAAGUAACAAACUUACACGAACCCGAAAACCCUUCUCCACCCGUUACCUCCCCCCUCCUCUGCGCCGCCACUCCUCUCCUCUAUCGCGGCUCCCACCCAGGGUUUGUCGAUCUAGCUAGCGUUAGUGUUCCCCUAGACCGGCGACCAUGGCGAACGAGCAGGCCGCGGAGACGUACACGGUGGAGGAGCUCGUGUCCGUGAACCCCUACAACCCUGACAUCCUCAAUGACCUCGAGAUCUUUGUCAACGAGCAGGUUUCCUCUCAAACAUAUAACCUGGACGCAAAUCUCAGCCUUCUUCGCCUUUACCAGUUUGAGCCAGACAGGUUGAGCGUACAAAUUGUAGCCCGCAUAUUGAUUAAGGCGCUCAUGGCAAUGCCAGCCCCUGACUUCAGCCUAUGCUUAUUCUUAAUUCCUGAACAUGUGCAAAUGGAGGAGCAGUUCAAGACGUUGAUAGUUCUCUCUCACUAUCUGGAGACUGGCAGGUUCCGUCAGUUUUGGGAUGAGGCAUCAAAGAACCGUAACUUAUUAGAAGUUGUUCCAGGUUUUGAGCAGGCAAUCCAAACCUAUGCGAUUCAUGUUCUCUCCUUGACAUACCAGAAAGUUCCUAGACCUGUUCUUGCAGAGGCCAUCAACAUUGAAGGUCUUGCGUUGGACAAGUUUAUUGAGUAUCAUGCUGCAAACUCGGGCUGGAUGAUUGAGAAGGGUGCCCGUUCCCAGCUGAUCGUCCUUCCGCGCAACGAGUUCAAUCACCCUGAACUUAAGAAGAACACAGCCGACACUGUUCCGUUCGAGCACAUAACUCGCAUAUUCCCCCUCUUGAGCUGAUUCAGUAAUCAUGAUGGAAUUGACAACUAGCACUUCUGUGAUCUUGGUUGCACCCAGACCUCCCUCCGGAGGGUUUCAUAGAACUUGAGCGCGGCAAAAAAAGCUAGUGUUGGCACUUGUAUUUUCUCUUAUAUCAUGUACUGCAUUUUGAUGUUUUGGGAAUAUCGGAUGCACCUAUUUAGCUAAAUGAGUAUUGCCAACGAAUAUACUUUUAGUAGCGACAUAUAUAUUUCCAAGUUGUGUUUGCUUUGCAUUA